AUGCAUGCAAAAAAAAAAAAAAGAAAGAAAGAAAGAAAAUGAAGCAUCACACACACUCCUGAGUCGGAGUGGAGAGACGGAGAGAAGGAGAGAAGGAGAGAAGGCACGCGCUCAGGAGGAAGAGAUUCUCCAUCCGGAGUCACGAGGAUUUAGACUGAAAAAUAAUAAUAAUACUAAUAAUAAUCAUCUAAAUCUCAAAAACGUAUUUUUAGUUUUAUUUUGUUUUGAUUUAUUUUCAUCUUAAGUAGAAAUGAGCGCGUGGUGAGUGAGCGAUGAGGCUGAAGUGGUGGAGAUGGUGAUGGUGGUGGUGGUGGUGAUGAUGAUGAUGAUGAUGAGGAUGAAGAUGAUGAUGAUGAAUCAGUCUCCAGCCCCGAGCUUCACCAUCCGCUCCAUCCUGGGCACCGCGGCGGAGAGCGCGAGGCAGGACGGCGGAAGCGGAGGUGGAGGUGCAGGUGGAGGUGGAUCGCGUGCAGCAGCAGCAGCAUCAGCGGCGGCGGUGGUGUCGGUGGCGCAGAGGAGGCGCGCGCUCUCGGUGUCCUCGGACGGCUGCAGCGCUGAGGAGGAGGAGUGCAGCGGCACCGAGUGUUUCUGCAAACUCCAACACACACUCUGCUCCAAAACCCGCCCGAAUGCUACAGUAAACAAACCCUCAUCAGAAGGGAAGGAGCACACGCUGCACAGCUGCACCAACAGUAAUAAAGAUGACCAGCGAUCAGCGAGUCCGUGCAGUGAGAAGCGCGCUGACGGCGGCGCCGAUGACAAAUCCAGCGGUGGAGACACAGCGAAGAAGAAGACGCGCACGGUGUUCUCGCGGAGCCAGGUGUUCCAGCUGGAGUCAGCGUUUGACGCUAAGCGGUACCUGAGCAGCGCUGAGCGGGCGUGUCUGGCCUCCAGCCUGCACCUGAGCGAGACGCAGGUCAAGACCUGGUUCCAGAACCGGAGGAACAAGUGGAAACGGCAGCUCGCCGCCGAGCUCGAGGCCGCACACGUGGCUCACGCGGCUCCUUCAGCCGCUCGGACUCUGGUCGGGAUGCCGCUGGCUGGAUUCGGUGUUCCCAUGCCGAGAUCUGCUGCUUUUCCGAUGUAUUAUCCCGGAAGUAAUGUUCCAGCAUUUCCUCUGUACAGUCUUUACAGUAACAUUGACUGCUGAGGUGGACGUUUGAUGGAUGCUGUGGUGAAGAGGGUGUGUCUGCAGACAGAGACCAGUGGGCGUGUCUUUGAGAGGGAUCGAUGGGCGUGUCUUUGAGAGGGAUCGAUGGGCGUGUCUUUGAGAGGGAUCGAUGGGCGUGUCUUUGAGAGGGAUCGAUGGGCGUGUCUUUGAGCGUGACAUUUGCCGUGUCUUUUAGUGGGACAGGUGGGCGUGUUUGAAUGGGAGACAGAUGGGUGUGUCUUAGACUCGGAAAAAGAUGACGCGUCUUUGCGCUCACGUGUGGACUCAUGGAUAAACCUUUCAAAAAACAUUCUCUCAGGUCACGAGGUUAGCUCAUGUUAGCUAGUUGGCUAACAAAAUGUAUACAUGCGUGGCAAUGAAUACUUGAAGACUUCAAUAUAUGGACACGCCUACAUUCUCACCUAUAGGUCUUAAAGACCGCCCACUCAGAGCUGCCCUCAAUUCCAUAUAUGGGCUCAAAGACACACCCACAUCUCCACCUAUAGAUCUUAAAAAACCCGCCCACUCAGAACUCCCAUUUUUCAUAUACGGACUCAACGACACGCCUUCUCUGGUCUAAGAUUUGCAGACACACCUUAUGGGCCAUGGUUGCCAGGCAACCAUGAUGAACAAUAUAAAAAAAAAAACAUCUAGAAUAUAACUAGCAACUCUACUUACAAAAAUCAUACCAUCUUUAAAUAUGUUAUAAAUAAUGGCUCUUUUCUGUCACUGUAUUCAAUUUUUAAAAAUAUUUUGAAGACAUCUCACGCUACACCCCGUUUACACCACUCGGUGGGACGAUCCGUUUCCAUGGAAACAAAGAAUCCGAUGAUUUUGUAAAAAUGAAGACAAAAAGAAAAGGCUCAUACUUUAGCCCCGCCCCUAAAGCUAAGCUUUACCUUUGUAAAUUGCGGAUUAUUUUAAUCAGACGAAAUUCAGAAUAUUAUAACAAUAAAAGAUAUUUUCAGCAAUAGUGUAGCCAGGAAGGAUUCAGGAAACACGAAAUAAAAUCAAUUCGUGAUCUGUAAUAAUUCUAUCGAUACAAAUUUGAUCAUUAUUUAAGGCGUGAUCUAGCGUCAUAGCGUCUCACUAUCUUAAUAACGGUGCUGUAAAAUAAAUCUCUGUUACAAUUAUAUUGGAAAUGAUUCGAACAAGAAGCUAGGAAAAAGAAUUUAAUCAGAUAAAUGAGAUAAAUCUUUUCCUCGUCCUGCAUUUCAUCAGCGAUCACCUGGACAUCGCUGAGUUCGGAGUGUAGCUAGCUAGCUAGCUAGUAGCUUAAAAUGCAUGAUCCUGAUUGGCUGAUUCUGCAUCUAGCCAAUAAAGUGUGAUUAAACGAUAUAAGAGACGUGACGUCCCUGGAUCUUAAACGUGGACAAAUUGUAAAGAUGACUACGUUAACCUUUUAUGAACUUGUAACAUUAUAGCGCAAUUGCUGCGCAAAAUGUUUUUUUUAAACACGUGCAGUUUGUGUGUAAUUUUAAACAACUACAAAUAAACAUUUGGAAAUAAAAACAUAAAGUAUUUGAGGAUGAUUCAAACCUGAAAUCUCCCUCACUGACUUCCAGCGAUUAUAUCAGCGUCAUCUACAGAUAGCUAGCCUGUUGUAGUUUAGCUUAGCUUAAUAACAUGGUAGCUAAUGUUAGCAUAGUUAGACUUAAGGUUCAAGUCAAUCAGUAUUGACUGAUGCAUCAUUAUAACAAGCUUAUAUAUUUGAUAUAUAUUUAUAUAUUGUGUGUUUGGCUGGAAGUUAACGUCACUAAUAAAUGACUUACUCUCUAAAAAAUGGUGAAAAUGAAAUUUCCCGUGGCGUCAGUACCGCGUUCUCUCCACUCCAGGACGUUCUCACAAACACAGGAAAGGCGAAGCUCCUUGGAUUAAACACUGAAAUAAUCUGUAUUACGCUAAAUCUGUAUUAUCUGUAUUACUAGCAUAAAUACAUCUCACCUCCUUUUAUGCAUUUUUUCUCUACAUAAACUCAUCUGUGUCUCGAAUCACACACACGUGUGUCUGACACACAGACGCGUGUAGUGCAGGAAAGACGUUUCUUUGUUUUUUACAUUCUCGCUUUUUACAUAGUUCAGUGCUUUAAAGUAUUUCUAUAUACUGAUCUUAUAGCUUAGCAUUUUCUACAUUAGCACUUAGCCUUCCAGAUUACAGCCUUUAGGAUGGUGGGAUUUGAGACACAGUUCAUCACGACGUAAUAUAUUUUAUUCUUAAAGCAUGACACUUCCUUAUAUCCUCACUUUUAUUAUUAUUAUUAUUAUUAUUAUUAUUAUUAUUAUUAUUAUAUACCAAGCAAUAUACAGCUUUAAAUGCUCAUUUGUAUUUGUUAUGUUACUAAUCUGUAAAUAAAUCUGCUUUAAGAAGUA